GAUGACGACGACGACGACGACGAUGAUGACGAUGAUGAUGAUGACAAUGAUGAUCUUCAAAUUAUAAAAGCCAAAAAGCCAUCUUGUGAUUUCAUUUUAUUCCUUUUUUUCAGGUCUGCGAGAUGAAUGAUGGAUCAAAGGCUGUGAAACUUGGAGAUUUUGGAUUAGCAACCGAUGCAAAACAACCCUUGUUCGUUGUUUGCGGAACCCCUACUUAUGUGGCCCGGAUAUUCUGUCAGAAAAAGGGUAUGGCCUAAAAGUGGACGUCUGGGCUGCAGGGGUCAUAACAUAUAUUUUACUUUGUGGAUUCCCUCCAUUUGUCAGGACUUGAUUGAACACAUGCUUCAGGUAGAUCCAGAAAUGAGGUUCUCCGCUGCCGAGGUUUUGGACCAUCCUUGGGUUGCUAAUGACACUGCGAAAGAUAACAAAUUACAUGUGGCCAAGGAAUUGAACCAAUAUUUCACACGUACCAAAAAACCAAAAGAUGGUUUGGCAGUCAUAGCA